CGAAUAAUAAAACUAAAGGUUUAUCGACGCCCAAGUCGUUCUCCCGUUCGUGAGUUACGAGCAAACCCUUGGAACGUGGGUUACGUUCCCAUCAGGAGGUCAGCUUGCAGAGGCGACGACCGACAAAGCAGAAGCAGGGGCGACGGAGCAGGCAACACCUUCUUUCUUUCUUUCUUUCUUCUUCUUCUUCUUCUUCUUCGUCUUCUUCUUCGAUUUAAGCGGCCACGGAUUUGGAUUGGGAUGAGGAAGGGGAUAGAGAUUGUUUGGUUAUGGUUUAGAAUUGAAAUUGGAUUGAGGGGUAAAUAUGUCGAUUUGUUGCAUUUUAGGGUGAUAAAAUUUGAAUUUUAGGGUGACGAAUAGCGAUUAAAAGAUUGAAAUUGGGCUACAGUGAAAAAAAAACCAUUUAAAUUCACCACCAGAUGAAUCCGUAUAGGAGAAGGAAAGCCCGCGCUUUAUUAUAAGACUUUCUAUCAAUUUAAGUUUUCUUUACUCCGUUGUUCCUCAUUUCAAACUCGCCGCUGGUCUUCCUACUAUUUACUGCCAUGGCGACGGAGAGCCGCGCUCCCAUGGACUUGACACGAAUCAAUGGCGUCCUUCCUUUUUGGGGAAGGAAAAGACGACGACCAAGUUUUCCCUAUGAACCCUAUCAGGAUUCUCCUUUCAACAAGCUCUGGGACGGUCUCGUCGUCGAGAUUCUUAUCCGCCUCCCAAACCCUAAAUCCGCCGUCCAAUGCAAAUCCGUGUGCAGUUGGUGGGCAGUCCUAAUCUCCUCUCGUUCCUUCACCGCCCGAUUCGUCUCCCACCACGAAACCACUGUCCUCGGCGGCGGCGGCAACGGAGAACCGCCGCUGAUUCUCCCAGGCAAUCCUCAACCGGUCCUAAAUUUCCUCCCGGCGCCGGACGAAAUCCGGAGGAAGCUCCGGGUUCUCUACUCGUCUCACGACCUGAUUCUCUGCGGGACGGAGGAGAAGGUGAGGAAUUCCGAAAUGGGGAGAACGUUCGUCGUCUGCAAUCCCUUCACGAAGCAGUGGGUCGCCCUCCCUCUGGCCCCCGAGAGGAAAACCAGGUACGAACGAUCGAUUGUCAGAUUAGUCUUCGGACCCGGGAAGUUUUGUACGAAUUUGAACCAAGGAUUCAUGGUAGUUUGUAUGUAUGUGGACGGGAUUGAUCUAGCGGCGGACUUCUUUUGUUCUGCCUCUGGGAAAUGGUCUCGAGACGGGAUGGCUUUCAACUGGAGCACCGGACGGUUUCCGGCCCGUAAUGUAGCUUCAUGUAAGGGCAAGUUGUACUGGAGGAACAUGAAUCGGCAAGUUGUUGUCUUCAAUCCUCUCCGUCAGUGUUCCUUGCUUGUUCUUGAUAUCUCGAGGUUCUUCGUCGAGCGACUGAUGUACUGUGACGUCUGGGCGUCACAGGGGGUUCUGCACUUGAUCAUAAUCGAGCAUCAGGGAACUGUUCGAUCGAAUGACGUCUUGUGUGUUUGGAGACUGGAUGCAGGAGGUGUUGAGGAAUGGAGGAGGCUAUACAGGGUGUCAUUGAAGGAUAUGUUGAGUGAGGUUCAGGGCAUGGAGAUGAAACGUGUGCUGGGUAUGCAUCCAAACAAACCGGAAAUCGUCUUCCUAGAGUUCGUGCACAUCGAUGGGAAUUCUCGUGUCUUGUCCUGCGAUUUGCAGAAGCAGGAGCUGCAGUUCUUCACUGAAUAUCGGUCGUCGUCACUGGAUUUCCUUCACUGGAACGUGUUUCAGCCGAUCCUUCGUUGGCCUACCCAAAUACCGAGUUACGAGGAUUUGAGAGGUGGGUAUGAUGGAAGCAGCAGUUUUUGGGUCCAGAAGAGCAACAAAUCAACUGCGGCGCGUUCAGAGGUAGGCAGUUUUCUACAAAGACUGCAACUUUAGAGUUUACUAGGUAGCCUUGGAUCUUCAGAUGGGAAAGAGAAGGAGAUAGUUUCUAGAGGUUGUUUGGAAGUUAUGGUUUGCUUCCUCUGGCAGGAACUCGUUUCCCAGGAAGUUAAAUAGUUAUGUUGCUAGAUAGGUAAUUACCAAGUCUACUUCCAUUGUUGGACUGUAGAUACCAUUUGGAAUUUUGGAUAUAUGUACGGUCCUGUAACUUCACAUUCAAAGAUUAAAAGUAGAUUGAUCUUUUCGCCUAGUUAAAACUGAACAAUGUGGGGUACAAAGUACAAACUCGUCGUCCUCAAAGUUUAGUUUCUCAUUUCCCUUCAUAUCUGUCUAGUUGUCGUGUGUGAGGCACCGUUCUGCUUAAAAUCGGACCAAAUUGAUAUAUAACGUACAGAUGAACCAUACUAUAUGAAUGUGUUUUGCAUAAAGAACCAACUCUUCG